AUGUGUAACGGCUCUUGGGGCUACAUACAUCGGCCGAAAAUACCUGAAGGAAUCCCUCUUGAUCACGAUGUAUUCACUGCUGAGAACCUGCAGGCUAUCUUGAACAAAUCUGAGCAGCAACCUAUCAGUAUUACAGACAUUACGCCCACACCAGCCGAAAUCAAAGACUGGAAUCUUACUUUGAAAUCUCAAAUUUCACACGUUCUAAUUAAAUAUGUAGCCCAACCGAUUGAUGGAAAGAUGAUUCCAUAUCGAUACCCGCCCGAAGUCAAGCAACUUCCCACUGAAAAACCCGACAUUAUGAUGCUGAAGAUGAUGUCAGCCUUGGACAACUCAACUGCUGGUGUAGGUGAUUUAUACAAUGCAGUGUUACAUCAAACCGGCUUAUCCAAAGAGAAGCGAGUAAUGAAACUUAAUGUAGAAACUGUAGGGAAAGAUCGAGUGAAGAUGACGCCGGAGAGGAUGAUGGAUGUGAUUGAUGAAACUUUCAAUCGGGUGCAGGAACUUCCAUUAAACGACUCCGAGACCUAUAUUCCAUUAAUAUUCCUCUGCUGUGUCACAUUGAAUACAUGUAUUGACCAAUCUGUUCAGCUACGCGAAUUGCUUCAUCGUCUUAAAGGUCGCUCCGGCUUAAACGAUGUGUAUCAAUCACACAAAAACACUAUCGAUCAUUCAACUUUGAGAACUUUCCUUCGAAUGGCUCACCAGCAUCAAAUGGCCGCAAGUAACCCUGGUUCAAAGGUACGAGGAGGUAGAGCGGAUGACAUGUAUCAACUGGGUCUAAAGAAGCUCCGCGGGUUCGCUCGAGAUAAUCAACUCGGCAGGUUUAAAUGGCCGAAAGCUGGUGGUUCACAUGCGCAACAAGCUGCAGGGGAGGAUCUUAGUUCAGACAAAGAUGGUGAUAAUGAUACUGAAGGAAAUGAUCAUGGAUCAGAUGUGGAGUAA